AUGUUCACAGCUGCAGAUGACUUGAUCAUUGAAAAUAACCUUUCUAAGGAUUCAGCUGUUGCAGUUUUAAUUGAUCCUCUGAAGUACCUGGACACGCAACAACGUAGCAAAGUAAAGACUACAGGAGCUACUGGUAGUUUAGGAAUGAUUAUGGAUCCUGAUGAGGUCUCUGACAUAUACAGACAAUCGAAAUUUGUUCUAAAGAACCUUCGAUAUUACACAGUUCAUCCAAACUUGGCCCGCUACUAUGAGCCUUUGAAGCCCACGGCACUGCAGAAAUAUCUAUAUCAACACAAGAAAAUCCGAAGUUUCUUGUUAAAAGUAGCGGAGUAUGAUCAGGAUAAGACCUUAUUGAUUCUGACCAACAACCCACUUCCCUAUCCCUUUCAUCAACAAGAAGAGGACAAGGCACCUGAGUACUUUUCCAAGGAGUUUCUGCUCCAGAAAAUUGAACACCCCAAAACCCCUAAACAUACCCGAUUACCCCUGAUGCCCUCAAAAAAACAAUUAAGAUGUGGAUUGAAAUCUUCCUUCCCAUUGACAUUGAUGGAGGACCCCAAGAUGGAGCAAUGGUUUAGAUUUUCCACAAGCAAAGAUUUCAAGAGUGAAGGGAAAUAUUCAAAGCUGCAUGCUUUGAGGAAACAGAAAAGUAUGUACCCACAGCUUAACUUUUCUCCAGUCUGCGCCAAGGAUAUGAAGAAGGGUGGUGUUGUGUUUGUUUUACAUGAAGCUGAGUCUUGUUCAGUCCCCAGUACCACAUAA